GACUAAAAAUUGACAGGAAUGAGGAGAAAGCACUGAAUUUACACAAUUCUACGCAGAAUUUAGCUGUUAAAAGGCACGGAAGACUGUAGUUAAAGCACAUUUCGGCGAUCAACAAACCGAAAGCAACAUGAAAACCAUCCUCUUUCUACUGGUCCUUGUUGGAAUUACAAUCGUAGAAAACACCGAAGCAUCUAAGAAAGAAAUAAAGAAAGAUGUUUCAUUCGAUAAAGGCGAGAGAAUGCCUGUCGAUAAGGCGAAAAGUGCAGGAAAUAUGAAAGACAAAUUUUAUUUUAAAAAAUAUUCAAAUCGUAUAGGUGACUUAACAGGAAUUAUUCCAGGUAAUAAUCCCCCAGCAAUCGUUUCCGUUUCAGAUAUAUUAAAGGGAUUCCGCAACUUGAGUUUGGAUGACUUUUUUCACUGUACUGAAAGAAAGCUUGGGGCAAAUUUGGAAAAAUGCUAUAGGGGACUUGAACUUCUUGGCUUGAACGUUAGCUCAAUUGUAAUGUUUUUAGAUGAUAAAUUACUAGGUGGCACAAUUCGUCGAGAGAACGAAUGCGACUCGUGUAAUCUUGACGAUUGGAAAACUGGAUUUUUAAAUUUAAGCCAGGAAUGCGAGCUUCUCGAUAAUAUUACAAAUUAUUUGGCUUGCGUCUUCGAUCAACUGAAAAAUUUCGAUUGCAUCGAUUAUAUUAACAGUAGUCUUAGGUCACUUGAGAGUUGCCUCGCAGAUUUUCUUGACAGAUUUUAUAACGAUCCCAAUUACGAAUGUAGAAAUUUAUAUGACGAUCUUGAACGUGUUCUACAGCUUCUUGGAAGCAUUAUAAUUACUUUACUUGGAGGCACUGUAAGUAAUCCAGAAAUACCAGAAUUCUGCAUAAAAAUAGACAAAUAAAUAACAACAAAUAUAAUAAACGAAUGAUGAUAAAAUUAAUAUUCUGAUAAUUAAUAUGAAAUAUUAAAUACGUA